AUGCAGACUGUCACCAUGCAAUUCUCCCCAAUCAAAGAGGGCCGCCGAAUCCUCGGCGACAGGGACUCCAACGCGUGUCUGUCCCCCGCGCAUCACAGCAAAUCGGCCCUGGGGGGAUUCAGUACACCAGUCAAACGAAAUCUCUUCACAAACGUCUCGCCCAAAAAGCUUCUUCCUUCUCCAAUCUUUGCGGGUCAAAAGCGAACGAGAGAGCAAUUGGAUGAGGAAGAUGUCCACGCGCCACGUGAGCGUCGCGUGGAGGACUCUCCCUCCACACUCAAGAAUGAGAGCCAACGGCCCGUCGUCGACUGCAAAGAAACAGAACACCCUACUCCAAAUUCAACAUCACGACCUGAACACGAGGAACCACAAGAAGACCAUAUAAUCACAUUGCACAGCGCGUCACACAAAAGACACGCCCAAACAAGUCCCAUCCCCGAAAAUCCCGAUGCUCGAAGGAUCUUCAUUCAAACAAAAGCGGCACUCCUGCGCAAAAAACUCCAAUCUGCCAUGCGCAACAACGCUGAUAAACACAUUGACCGUCGUGUCUCGGAUCUGGAAGAGCACAGACGUAAAGUUCCCCGAAUCCCCAUGUCUGCUCUCUCCUUCUCAUCACCAGCCGUUAUGGUUCGACAUACAUACACCCCUUCUCAAUUGAAGACGCCACGCAUUGGCUCAGACCCACAGGCUCAUCUGGACUCCACACCGUGUCAGCAAACGCCCGAUCUUCCUCAACCACCUUCGUCAAUCAUUCAUGACGCUGUGGACCAUAAUCAAGGUCACCGGACACCACCCCGCGGGCUGGGGUCGCCCAUGCAGCUCAGCAGUCCACCCGCGACAGUCGUUCGCCAUACAAGGACGCGAGAGAAGGCAGAUGGAGGAGAUUCCGAGAAAGAGACAACCUCCCAUGAUCCUUGUUCACCGUCCCAACGGGGAGAUGCGGUUGACGGACUGCUCAAAUUGAUGAGUACGUCAGAUUGA